ACAAAGUACUAAUACUCGGCCUCAACCUCCCCCUCCCAACAGAGCUCGUUUUGGUUUUCAGUGGUUAAGACCGACGGAUUGUCCGCCACGGUGAUAAUUUCGUAUCAAGCGAUAUCCUAAAGCAACGAGAUGGCCCGUACCAAGCAGACUGCCCGUAAAUCUACUGGAGGAAAGGCGCCAAGGAAGCAGCUCGCUACCAAGGCAGCCAGAAAGAGCGCACCGUCCACAGGGGGAGUGAAGAAGCCCCAUCGUUACAGGCCCGGAACUGUAGCUCUGAGGGAGAUCCGUCGUUAUCAGAAGUCCACCGAGCUUCUCAUCCGCAAGCUGCCCUUCCAGCGUCUGGUGAGAGAAAUUGCCCAGGAUUUCAAGACUGAUCUGCGCUUCCAGAGUGCCGCCAUUGGAGCGCUUCAGGAGGCCAGUGAGGCUUACCUGGUGGGUCUGUUUGAGGACACCAACUUGUGCGCCAUCCACGCCAAACGUGUCACCAUCAUGCCCAAAGACAUCCAGCUGGCUCGUAGGAUAAGGGGGGAGAGGGCCUAAGCGGCUUGUGGCAGCAUUGACACGACAAAUUAUCCUAUUUAUCAUACCUAACCAUUUUUGUGGACAUUUUUAUUUCUUGGGUAUUUUUUACAAGUUUUCUUUAUGGAUUUUGUAUUUUAGAUUGAGACAAUACAUCAACCAUUCCACAAGCCUGAGUACACUUUGGGUAGUUGGAAAUGUUGUGCAGUAGGAAUAUCUGCCUAUUCCAUCAUGGGUCAUUACUACAUCUAACAGCAUCAUACAACCCCUCAAGUUCUGUGUGGGUAUCAGGUUCCUUCUGGGGAUGAAGUUUUUCUUUUUGAAGAGAGGAUGAAUUCUUCACAUCUUCCAUGGGGGUCCAGGGUUUCUUCACCCAUCUACCAUAAACAACAAAAUGCCAGCAUGUCUUGCUCAGCAGGUCUCACUGCAGUGUUGGGGUGUUGACCACUACAGUUAAUACUCUACACGCUGUGACAAGGAGCAUGGCAGACCCCUCUGUAAUUUUUCUGGACUGCUUUUUACAUGUUUUCCAACAUAAAAUCUUGGCAGCUACAUUUAAUACUAUUUAUGAAAAUGUUGUCACAUGUCUUUCUAUUAAAGGUCUUUAUGAGUAGAAAA